AGGCAAAGUCAGCCCACCACCAAAUCGACACGCAGAUCCCGGAUCCUCGCCGGCCACCGUCCCCCUCACUCCUUCACCGCCGCCGUCCGCCGCCGACGCCGACCACCGUGCGCCGCGAUCUUCACCGCCGCCCGCCGCCGGCUUCCCCCCACCGCCUUCCUUCCUGCUACUUCAUCCCCAUCGCCCGGCGCCACCUCCACUCCCGCCGCAUGCUUCACCGCCGCUCGUCUCCCCGCCAGCCCUUCACCUCCGCCGACACCGAUAUGCGCUUGUGUGUUGAUGUCGGGCGCCAGAUUCUGGGCGUUACCACUGACUGCGGUUAAUUUUGUUGGCUACAUUGGUAAUCUAUUCAUGACACGGGGAAUUUUGUUAUUACUGGAUUUGGGGCUUUGUGGAUGUGGAUGAACAGUUCAGGGAAAAAAGAAAUGACGAAAAGCAAAAUUUAUUUUCUUGCUUUUUUUGUUGAGUGCCUGAUGUAGUGAAUUGUUGAUGCAUGUUGACACGCGGCAAAUGGAGAUGACUGGAGCUCUUGGAGUUGGGAGGACCCUUCAAACUGGAGCUGCCCAUAAUGGUUUACCAGUUUGGUAUGGUUUCCAUUGAUUCCAAUAAUCUCAUUCACGUUUCGUUGCGUUGGCAAGUCUAUGAGAUCGUCUGAAAGUUGAAUUGAUUCUGGGUGCUUCGAUUAAUAUCGCAAACAACUAUCGAACUGUCAUAUGUUAACGUCAGAGUGUUGAUGCAUUUCUGGUGAUAGCCAUUCAGGACUGAAAACAUGAAAUUUGUGAAGAAACUGCUCUAAGGGGUUUCAUCAUGCUACUCUUCAAGAUAAGCUAUGAAAGUAUUUCUGUACUUUGAUGCCUUAUUUCCACAUUUUGAUGUCUCAUUAAGACACGACACGUUUACUAAACCUACACGAGAAUUGGUUCUCUUUACACAUGUCUAGAAAUUUGAAGACCCGGAUAAUUACAUUCCCGGUCUCGUACGCUUACGCACGGGCUUGUGUGUGCACAUAAAUGGCUAGAACAUGACUCCGCCACCCACCAAAAUGGCUUCUAGCUAUAUUUUGUUUGACAACUUGAUUUCUGGAAAAUUAAACGUAACGGCAUCUCCUUCUGCGCUGGAAUCAAACAGCCAAGGCUACUGUUGGAAGUCACGCAACCAAUUAUAACUUGCCUCUCUUGUCGUGUGUAAAUGGUACUACGAGCAUGACCACACUAGAGAUUAUGUAAGCUAACCACGCUUAGGGGUUAAAUAUACUUUUUCAAAAAUAGAACACAAAAGAAUAAGUAAAAAUAUGAUUUUCGUUGCUUCACAUGAAAAUUAAGAAGGUGAGGGCCUGGGCGUGCCUACGAAUUCUCAAUGGAAAACAUUUGUGAAAUAGGAGAUUUCUAGAAGAACUAUGAGAUACAUUCCAAAAAGGACCACAUAGGAAACUUUUUAUCAGGUUUGAAUCCUUUAUAGUCCCUACUUUAUUUUUGCAUUGUUCUAAAUGAGGUUCAAAUGACAAAUUGAUCAGAAUACAUGUAAUAAAGAAAAAAUCAUGCAGGCAAAGUCAAAAUAAAGGAGAGUAAUGUUAACGCACCUGGCAAUGUGACAACAAUCUCCACUUACAUCUGAUUAUGUAUCUACAAAUGUGAACUACCUAGACAGAAAAAUAAAUACUCAAUUAGGUUUAACUCAACAUUCACAUAAGGGUAAAUGGUUUUCCAAAAUAGGUUCGGCAGUUUUGAAACAUGUCCAUAAUUUUACGUAUAACUUCCGUGAUAAGUUGCUUGACUUGUUGGCAUGAGGCACAUGGAAUGUUCCAGAACAGCACACAAUUCACAAGAACACUACUGUCCACACUCAUGCCUCUCAUGAGCAACCAGGUGGCCCACGGGGCCCACAGUAUGCCACUUACAUAUUCCUUGUGUGCACACAAAAAAACAAACAGCAGAGGAAAACUAACUACAGGGUAGAAGCCAAGACGGAAAGGAAGGAUCAUAAUUAGUUUAAUAAAAAAAGAUAAGAAAAAAACAAGGUUCUCAGUGUGGUGUUUGUCAGGACAGUGCAAAACUCCACUAAAGAUGUGCUCAUGUGCUGUACCUGUGUUCUAUAUUUAGUUCUUCUUGAGAGAUAGAGAUCAAGCAGAGGAGGCACCGCUAGGUGGUGUGUUCAGCGGGCUUUAGGAGGUUUUGGCAAUGGAGAUGGCUCUCCGGCCUCAAAGCCUUCUAUGCCCUCGGAGCAGGCUGAAGGUCGUCAUCCGGCCAGCUAGCAGUGCCAGCGGUGGUGGCCUCGCGCAGUAUUUCUUAAUGACCAGGAGAUAUACUGGAAGCAGAAUUGUUCGAUGCAUGGUUUCAAGUUCAGACUGUCCUAAUAGGAAAGCAAAGAGGACGAUUUCCCUUCAUACGGAAGUCGCUUCUUCUAGGGGAUAUGCUCCGAGAAUUGCUGCUGAAUCAAGUAUUCAGGAGCGAGAACAUAUUAAUAGUGAUGAAGAAACAUUUGAUACGUACAACAGAUUACUACGUAAUGAGUCAACAGAGUGGAAAAAGUUAGAUACUACUGAAGUGGAUUUGUCACAAGAUGUUUCAAGCAGUUCAAUGAGGAAAGUGGAUGCGACGGAUGAAGCUAAGCUAGAUAUACUUGAGGAUGAUUUGCCCAGAAAUUUGUUGAACGGUGUAACAAUGGGGGAAGUAGAUAUGUUGGAUGAAGCUGGGGCAGAAGAUGAUGUAUUUGAGGUGGACUUGUCAGCCUUGCAUAAUUCCACAGUGGGGAAAAUGGAUGCGGUAAAUGAAGUUGGGACUGAAAAUGACUUAUUUGAGGUGGAUCUGUCAGCAUUGCAUAGUGCUGCAGUGGGGAAGGUGGAUGUAGUAGAUGGAGCUAAAGCUAAAGAAGAUUUGUUUGAGAUGGAUUCAUUAGCAUUGCACAGUGUUACAAUGGGGAAGGUGGAUGCAAUAAAUGCAGCUGGAGCUGAAGGAGACAAAUUUGAGGUGGAUCUGUCUGCGCUCGCGUCGAACAAUUCAAUGAUAGAGGCAGUUAAUGUGAUGGAUGAAGCUAAGGCUAUAGAAGACACACUCGAGGUGGAUUUGUCAGGAAAUGCUACAAGCAGUUCAACAUAUGGGGAAGUUAAAUUUGAGGUGGAUUCAUUAGGAAAUACUUCAAGCACUGUAAUGUAUGGGCCAGCGGAUGGAGCGUAUGAACCUCGGUCCGAUGAAGUCACUUUUAAGGUGGAUUCAUCAGAAAAUGCGUCAAACAAUGUAAUGUAUGGGAGAGCAGAUGUGGUGGAUGAAUCUUGGGCUGAUGAAGGCAUAUUUGAGGUGGAUUUUUUUACAAAUGCUUCAAGCGGCGCAGAAUAUGGAAAAGUGGAUGUGGUGGAUGAAGCUAAAACUGAUGAUUUCACAUUUGAGAUUGAUUCAUUAGAAAAAGAUUCAAACAAUAAAAUGCAUGGGAAAGCUCAUAUGGUGGAUGAAGCUUGGGACGAUGAAGCCAUAUUUGAGGUUGAUUUGUUUGGAAAUGCUUCAAGCAUUCCGAUAUAUGGGGAGGUGAAUGUGUUGGAUGAAGCUCGGGCUGAUGAUGGAAAAUUUGAGGUUGACUUAUUAGGGAAUACUUCUAGCAAUUCAACACAUGAGGAAGUGGAUGUGGUAGAUGAAGCUCAAACAGGUGAAGCCACAUUUGAGGUGGAUUUGCUUGGAAAUGCUUUAAGCAGUGCAAUAUAUAAAGAAGUGCCUGUCAUGGGUGGAGCUCAGGAUGAUGAAGUUGAUGUAGAUUUCUCAAUAAAUGCUUCAAUCACCGAAACAGAAAAGGAAGCAGAUGCAGUUGAUGAAGCUAGAGUUGAAGAUGAGACAUUUGAUAUGGAUUUAGUAGGUAAACAGAUAUCAAUCGAUUCUAUGAAUGAUGAUGUAGUUGAAGAAGGGACUAAACAUCACAGAUAUCCAAUGUUGUCUUCAGCAUUCAUAGAAGUCAAGACCAUUCAUGAAACACCUGUAAGUUUAAAGCCUGAACUUAUGUCAGUUGUCAUGGAUCAGGAACAAGACAAACCAAUUUCCAGCGUUUAUCAACAAGAAGGAUCAAUUUUUAAUUUGCAUGCAGAAAACCAAUCAACGGUAGAUUUUCAUGAACGGGAGCAAAUGGCUAUUACUUUUGAUAAACAAAAGGAAUCAGUUGCUAAACUCUCUAAAGAAGACCAACAGACUGCUGGUUUACCUGAGCAAAACAUGUCCUUUGAUGGUGUCCAUAGGAAAAGCCAGUCAAUUAUUGGGCUCCCAUUUCAACACCAAUCAAUUGUUAGUUCCCCUGAAAAAUACCGAUCAAUUGUGGGUUUUCAUGGACAAAAUCAAUCAAUCAUCAGCUCUCAUAAACAAGACAAAUCAAUUGUUGGUGUUCCUAAAAAAAUUCAAUCCAUUGUUGGUUCCACUAAGCAUGAUGAUUCAAUUGUUGGUUUCCGCAAACAAGACAGAUCAAUUGUUAGUGUGCCUGAGCAAAAACAAUCAAUAGUUGGUUUUCAUAAACAAGAUCUAUCAAUUGUUGCUGUCAGCGAACAAAAUCUAUCAAUUGUUGCUAUACCUAGAGAGAGUCAAUCAAAGCAAAUUUCUAUUGUUCGGAGACAUGAUCCACUACAUUUGAAGGAAGUGGAAACAAAGGAUAGAGAUGGCAUAUCUAAAAAAUCUGGUGGUGACGAUGAUUUGCCACAUAUGCUCUUCGAAGAAGAGCUUUCACAGGUUGAAGAUGUAGCAAGGGCAAUCGCCUAUAAAAAGCAGCAUGAAGUUGAUGUAAUCUCUUUGACUCCAGAUAUCCAGGAGUCACCACAGGACAAUAUCGACCCACAAGAACUCCGAAGGAUGCUCCAAGAACUUGCUGACCAGAAUUGUUCAAUGGGUAACAAGCUUUUCGUUUUUCCAGAGGCAGUGAAGGCUAAUUCGACAAUUGAUGUAUAUUUGAAUCGUAACCUAUCGGCUUUGGCGAAUGAGCCUGAUGUCCACAUCAAAGGAGCAUUCAAUAGUUGGAGAUGGAGGCCUUUCACCGAAAGACUGCACAAGAGUGAAUUGAGUGGGGAUUGGUGGUCUUGCAAACUGCACAUACCCAAGGAAGCUUAUAGAUUAGACUUUGUGUUCUUCAAUGGUCGUUUAGUCUAUGAUAACAAUGAUAGUAAUGAUUUUGUGCUGCAAGUAGAAAGUACAAUGGAUGAAGAUUCCUUUGAGGAGUUCUUGGUUGAAGAAAAGAAAAGAGAACUUGAGAGAGUUGCCACUGAAGAAGCUGAAAGGAGGAGGCAUGCUGAAGAGCAGCAGCGAAUGGGAGAACAAAGGGCUGCAGAACAAGCUGCCAGGGAACAGGCUAAGAAGGAGAUAGAGUUGAAGAAGAACAAAUUGCAAAAUCUGUUGAGUUCAGCCAGAACACAUGUUGAUAAUUUGUGGCACAUAGAGCCUAGCACAUAUAGACAAGGGGACACUGUCAGAUUGUACUAUAACAGAAACUCAAGGCCGCUUAUGCAUAGUACUGAGAUCUGGAUGCAUGGUGGUUGCAAUAGUUGGACUGAUGGACUCUCUAUUGUUGAAAGACUUGUCGAAUGUGAUGACGAAAAUGGUGAUUGGUGGUAUGCUAAUGUUCAUAUACCUGAAAAGGCCUUUGUAUUGGACUGGGUUUUUGCUGACGGGCCACCUGGAAAUGCAAGGAAUUAUGACAACAAUGGUCGACAAGAUUUUCAUGCUAUUCUUCCAAAUGCCAUGACUAACGAAGAAUAUUGGGUUGAAGAGGAAAACUGUAUCUAUACAAGGCUUCUCCACGAGAUCAGAGAACGGGAGGAAGCUAUUAAAAUAAAGGUUGAGAAAAGAGCAAAAAUGAAAUCUGAGAUGAAGGAAAAGACUAUGAGAAUGUUUCUACUUUCUCAGAAACACAUUGUUUAUACUGAACCACUUGAAAUACGUGCUGGAACAACUGUGGAUGUUCUAUAUAAUCCUUCUAAUACGGUGCUGAAUGGAAAGCCAGAGGUUUGGUUUAGGUGGUCCUUUAACCGAUGGAUGCAUCCAAGUGGUGUUUUACCACCCAAGAAGAUGGUGAAAACAGAAGAUGGUUGUCACUUAAAAGCGACAGUUAGUGUUCCAUCGGAUGCUUAUAUGAUGGACUUUGUUUUCUCUGAGUCGGAAGAAGGUGGAAUCUAUGACAACAGGAAUGGGACAGACUAUCAUAUUCCUGUUUCUGGUUCCAAUGCAAAGGAGCCUCCCAUUCAUAUUGUCCAUAUAGCGGUUGAGAUGGCACCCAUUGCAAAGGUUGGAGGCCUUGCUGACGUUGUCACAAGUCUUUCACGUGCAAUUCAAGAGUUAGGCCAUCAUGUUGAGGUUAUUCUCCCGAAAUAUAAUUUUAUGAAUCAAAGCAAUGUGAAGAAUUUGCAUGUACGUCAAAGCUUUUCUUUGGGUGGUACAGAAAUUAAAGUGUGGUUUGGACUAGUUGAAGACCUGUCUGUUUACUUCUUGGAACCUCAAAAUGGGAUGUUUGGGGGUGGAUGGGUAUAUGGAGGGAACGAUGCUGGCAGAUUUGGCUUGUUCUGUCAGUCUGCUCUAGAGUUCCUCCUUCAGAGUGGAUCUUCUCCACAUAUAAUACACUGCCAUGAUUGGUCAAGUGCACCAGUUGCCUGGCUAUACAAGGAACACUAUGCAGAAUCCAGGUUGGCAACUGCCCGGAUUAUAUUUACCAUCCAUAAUCUUGAGUUUGGAGCACAUUUUAUUGGAAAAGCAAUGACAUACUGCGACAAAGCCACAACUGUUUCUCACACGUAUUCAAAGGAAGUCGCAGGUCAUGGUGCCAUAGCUCCUCAUCGUGGAAAAUUCUAUGGAAUUCUCAAUGGAAUUGAUCCAGAUAUCUGGGAUCCAUAUACUGAUAACUUCAUCCCGAUGCAUUAUACUUCUGAAAAUGUGGUUGAAGGCAAGAAUGCUGCAAAGAGAGCAUUGCAGCAGAGGUUUGGACUGCAGCAGACUGAUGUCCCCAUUGUUGGAAUCAUCACUCGUCUGACAGCCCAGAAGGGUAUCCACCUCAUUAAACAUGCACUUCAUCGGACACUUGAACGCAAUGGACAGGUGGUUUUGCUUGGUUCAGCUCCAGAUCCUCGGAUACAGAGUGAUUUCUGCAGAUUGGCUGAUAGUCUUCAUGGUGAAAACCAUGGCAGGGUUAGACUAUGUUUAACUUAUGACGAGCCUCUCUCACACCUGAUAUAUGCUGGCUCUGACUUCAUCCUUGUUCCAUCCAUCUUUGAACCUUGCGGUUUGACUCAACUUGUUGCCAUGCGCUAUGGAUCCAUCCCUAUUGUUCGGAAAACCGGAGGACUUUACGACACUGUUUUCGACGUAGACCAUGACAAAGACCGGGCUCGAGUUCUAGGCCUUGAACCAAAUGGGUUCAGCUUUGAUGGAGCUGACUGUAAUGGUGUGGAUUACGCCCUGAACAGAGCAAUCUCUUCUUGGUUUGAAGCCCGCGGUUGGUUCCACUCCCUCUGCAAAAGGGUCAUGGAGCAAGACUGGUCCUGGAACCGGCCUGCCCUGGACUACAUUGAACUGUACCAUUCAGCUCACAAAUUUUGAGGCCCCCAUCCAACGGUGGCAAGAGAAAGCAAGCAUUGGCAGAUACUACAAAUUAAAUGAAACAUGGCUCAAAGUUAAAAUAUUUUAUCUGAGCUGCAGAUACAAAUUAACUCAAACAUGGUUCAAAGUUAAGAUCUUUUAUCUGAGCUACACAUAUAUAUGCAGAAUAAAGACUCUUUACAGCAUGCAUAAACAAUUGUGGGAGUAUGUAUCAGCUAUGUUUCCUAUUCUCAGUUUUAAUUAUGAAUACUUGAUUUAGUACCAGAACCGUGUACAUAUGUUUGCAAAAUUGCAAGUAAAAUGAAGGUGUAGAACUAUAAUGUUGUUCUAUGGUUUCUUUUGCGCUACAUCUGGACUAUGGCUAUGGCGUGGCUGUGUAUGCCUUGCAAGAGAAAUAUUCCCAAUGACAAUAUAUGGCUGCUCAAUUGGCUUC